AAACCAUCGUCACCAUUUACCUCUUAUUUCAUCUCAUACUUCUUCCUAUUUGCAACUACCACCAAUGUCGCACUACACCAAACCCAAAUCCAGGCGUCCCGCUACCCUCCCUUUACCCCACUCACACGCUACCACAUCCAAUUCCCGCUCACUGACCGAAGACCAACGCGGGGAAAUCAAGGAGGCUUUCGAACUUUUCGACGUGGACAAGGACGGGGCUAUCGAUUACCAUGAAUUGAAAGUCGCUAUGCGUGCUUUGGGAUUCGAUGUGAAGAAAGGGGAGGUCAUGAAAUUGUUGAAGGAACAUGGGGGGGAAGAUGGGUUGAUGGAUUUUUUGGCGUUUGAGAGGAUUAUGACAGAAAAGAUCCUCGCUCGAAAUCCGGAGCAUGAGCUCAGACGAGCGUUUGAACUGUUUGACGACGACAGAACCGGAAAAAUCUCGCUCAAGAACCUAAGAAGAGUAGCACGAGAGCUGGGCGAGACUCUCGGUGAAGAAGAGCUGCAAGCAAUGAUAGACGAAUUUGACCUUGAUCAGGAUGGGGAGAUCAACUUGGAAGAGUUCCUCGCUAUCAUGCUGGAUGGUGAAUGAAUGGAUUGGGAUGGGAUUACUAGGAUUACUAGAUCUAGGUUUAGUUGCUAACGCGCUCAAUGCUUGGGUGCGAUGGUGUGUAUGUAAGGUAUGAUUCACAUGUUCCGAAAAAAAGA